AUGGCGGCCACGAACUGGAGUCCAGCGGCGGCGAGGAACUGCAUUGGAACGGAGGCCACGAACAGCGGAGUCGAAGAGGCGGCCGAAAGGACCAUGGCCAUGACCAUGGGCACUGUUGCGGCGAACAUGAGGCCCAAGGCGCUCGAAGACGCUGCGGCGUUGUCCAUGGCGGCCAUGGUGGCGGAUCGGGCCACGGCGAACUCCACCGACGCGGCGAAGUGCGAAGAACAGUUGACGAACAACAUGAGACGGCAAAGCAAAGAGUCCAACUCCACUAAAACGUGGUAG